GAGUUUCAUAAUAGAAAAAAAUAUAUAAAAAUUUAAACCUAAAUCUUGUGCGUAAAAAAGCGCGAUUGUUUACUUUAAAUUUGUUUGCGCCAGAAUAUUUUAAACUGAAAUCCUAAAUAAAAAGCGCAUCGUUUGUGUCAAAUUGUGAUGUCUCCAUGUGAGUAGAGAGAGUGCAGGCUCCGCUGCAGCCAAUAGGCGGUACUGUGCCAUUCUUCAUGACUCUUCCUCCAUCGCAGCCCUGAGGACAUCAGCAGCGCUAGCUGUGUCUCUGCGUUGGUUUGCUCCCGAACUGACCUAAAUCCAGCAUCUCUGCGCUCCCCGAGGCACACUUCCUCACAGGCUCCAAGGAGCAGCGCGGACGCGCGCGCCUUUCCUCUCCUGGAGUUUGUCUUAACAUCCCCCUCCUUUCAGCUGGAGCUUUGGGAACCGCAGCGGGCCGUCCUGGCACCGAAACGCCGAGAUGGGAAGAAGCCAUCGCGGGAGUAAACAACAGAAAAUCUAAAAUUGUUGGGAUUUUAUUUUGAAAACGAACAAAAAAAGAAGGGAGGGUCAGGAUGUUGGAUGAUAAAGCGCGCAGGUCGAAGGUUCAACUCCACGGCUCGUCGUUUUACAUCGAGAAUUUGCUGCGGGGCUCAGGCGCGGGAUUGUCCGCCGGGGAGCGCGAGACUCCCGGAUGCGCAACGGAAACAAGAGCGGAGUUUUUGGAGCAGCAACACAGCUCGAGAAGUUUUCCAGAGAAGUGUUGUGAAGGAUCCGGGAUCAGCGGGCGGCGGGAGGAGAACCAGGAGGAAACGAAGGGAGACGAGAGUCUGACGGAUGACAGAGAGGAGGAGGAGGAGGAUGCGCGCUCCUCCUGCGUCUCUGGAGAGGACACCUGUGAUGCAGGUGAGGUCAAAGUGGUGCGUAAAAAGAAGACGCGCACGGUGUUCAGCCGCAGCCAGGUCUUCCAGCUGGAGUCCACCUUCGACGUGAAGCGCUACCUGAGCAGCUCGGAGCGCGCGGGCCUCGCCGCCUCCCUGCAGCUGACGGAGACGCAGGUGAAGAUCUGGUUCCAGAACCGCCGGAACAAGUGGAAGCGGCAGAUCACGGCGGACAUGGAGGCCGGGGGCGCGCUCGUGCCCUUCGCGGCCCACAGAGUCGUCCGGGUCCCCGUGCUGUACCGCGAGGACGCGCCCGCAGCUCCCGCGGCUCCCGCCACCUUCACGCAUCUGCCUCCUCCGGCGCUCGCGGACGCUGUGAACUUUCCACUGACUGGCCGCUUCACCCACCCGGUGACGUUUAUAACGGCGCCCAUGGCGGGACUGGUGUGACAGACUUUUCAAAGAAAUCAAUAAAAAAAAUGCUGCAAAAUGUUUGUUUUUUAGGAGAUUUACGCUCUUCCAAGAGUCUGACAAAGAGUUCCAGAUUAAGAGGGAGUCAUCUGUCGUCAUGGCAACCGAACAAUUCUACAAUUUCCCAUUAGUGAAUCUUCAAGAGUUUGCAAAAUAGUGCACUUCUCUCCUCAGGGCUUUGGUUUUCCACAAAGCAUUUAGAAAUAAGCUCAUUUUUACGCAAAACUGGAGACAAUCAAGAAAAGUGACGCAAAACAACGACUUUUUUUUUUAAAACAAAUUGAAUUUAUUGACUUUAAAAAGUCUUUCCUCCUAUAAAAAUAACUCCAAUCUUCAUUUUUAUCACAUCAAAAUGCUUGAUUUUUGUCUGAAAAGUGUAGAAAUUGACUCUAAAAACUUUAUUGUCCAGCAACUUUUUUUCAUGUAAACGCAUUUAACUAAAUACUUUUGUACACUUGUGUUCACUUAUAAAUAAAAUUCAUGCACACACGCUUUUGCAUUUUAUUACAGUGUUGUGAUAUUUAAUAUAAGACGCUUUUUUGGAGGUGGAAACGAUUCCUGACGGUGGCAAACUCCGAAGCACUGAACCCAACCAUUUCUCACGACCCCCAUGAAUGCUUCCCUUUUAAAAAGUCAACAAGUGUUGGAGUCGAGCCAGUUUGCGCCAUCAGGAGGAGACCCUCACGAUUGGUCCCCUUCGUACAAACAAAAAAUGGAAAGUUCAAAGCCGCUUGACUCAAAUUUACGC